GUUUCUCUCUCUCGCUGGAACAUAACGGACGUGUCGUUGCGUCGUCCUCUUCGUCGCGCGUGUGUGUGUGUGUGUCUGUGUGUAGUGAAACAUUUUGGGGUCGCAGCAAAUCGGAGAAAAACUUCUUAAUUAUACAAUACUCGUGCUCGUUCUCGCAGCAAAUCUAAGUAAGCAGAUUGUGCAAUUUAACCGCAAAAAAAAGAAAAAAGUUAGCUGAAUUACGUGAGUAGAUGGUGUGUGUGUGCCAGAGCGAGGCGGCAAAUCAGUGCGGUGUGAAUGAGAAAGAGCACCAAAAUAUAAUUUUCUGCGAUUGCUUCUGUGUGUACGUGCCUUUGUGUAGUGUGCAUGUGUGCUAAAACAAAUGCCUAAAUUGCAACAAAAGAAAAUUGUAUGAAAUAUACGAAGCAAAUAGCAGAGCGAAAGCGAAAAAGAGGCUGCUGCUUAAGGAAGAGCAUGAAGAAAAAGAAGCAGCAGCAGCCGCGAGUUUUUUCGCGCGAGUGUUAGUGUGCAUAUAUAUGUAUAUGAAAAAUAAAGAAUAAGAAGAAGCAAAUCAUCAAAAAGUGAGAAAAGUUAUCUUAUAUUUCCAUAUUUCUUAUAGCGCUUGACAACGAAAAUAAUAUUUAGUAAAUGCAAAUACAACAGAAGUUAAUUUUAGUGCUUAAUAAUCAGUGAACUGCGGUUUCAAAAGUCGUCGUCUUCCCCUUCUUUGCAUUAUCUUAACUGAAAUGCCACCGACAUCAAAUAACCAAAAUCCACAACCACAACAACGAAUGGAAUAAAAUAAAAACCAAGAACUUUGAAGAGAGGCGUCGGCUAACGGCUUAUCAAUUGACGAAGCACGAGGAAAAGAAAGGAGAGAAAGACGAGGAAGAAGAGACAAUGCGCUGAGUGCGCGAAAUACUCAAACUAGAAAACACUUUUAACUCUGUAUAUAUAUUAAAAGGCGCGUGUUGGUGUGUUGUAAAGCAUUAAAGCAGCUAAUUCCAUUGAAACACUUGCCACAACUGGGCCGAUGCGCGUGCAAUAUGCGCAACGGUGUUCGGGAUCGAACGAGUGCCACGGAACGCACUGAAUCGAAACGGAACGGUGGGAAUCUAUAAUGCAACAGCAACAGCGGCGAGAAGAAUUCGAAACAGAAAUUAUUGGGAGAAAGGAAAACAUUUGGAAAAUGUUGUUCCCGCACACUGAAGAAAAUGCAUCGUUUUCUUAACAUCCAGCAAAAUAUCAAACUACGCAACUAUCAUCAGUUACUUUUGUAUUUUGACGCUGCUGCUGAAGGAAGAGCGGAAGUGAGAGGAAGAGGAACCGGAACCGGAAAGAGAAGCGGCCGCAAGGGAAGUAGAAGAGGAAGCAGAGCAGCAGCAGCAGCAGCAGCCGUAGCAGUAACGUUAAGAGCUAACGCAACGUAACGCCACAAAACGCAACGUCAAGAGUAGCUGAAGCAUAAUAUUAUUCUAUUAGCCCAAUACAUUAACCCAACGCUGCCACUGUUCCUAAGACAUCAACAACAACCAGAAGAAGAAACCAUUUAAAAUAAACGUAGACCAUAGUCGUAGCCGUAAAUCGUAACGCAAACGCUGCUACACAAGAUAGAAUACAGAAACACAAAUCCUAUGCCAAUUUUUGAUCAUCAAGUCGUUUAGCACCUAUCAUCGACUCACCCCCAUAAACGCAUUAUCAAAAAUCAAAAUCUCAAACGACACGACACUACCGCAAACAAAAAAAAAUCAACUAAAACAACAAAAAUCAGACGUUGUUUUAGAGCCCAAAAACCCCAAAAAAAAAACCGAUCUCGCCCCUUGCCACGCACACCAAAAAACACAACAAAAUAGACAAACAAAAAAAAAGCCUGGCUAAGGAAAGCGGAAAAAUAUGGCCACACCCCAAGUCAAGGACUUGGUGUUGCGCUCGCCCGCUGGCUCCUCCGAUGUCAUUUCCUUCGCCUGGCCCCUGCAGAUCGGACACGGACAGGAUAAGCACGAUAAUGGCAUCGACAUUAUCGACACUAUUAAGUUCGUCUGCGAUGAACUGCCAUCGAUGUCAUCGGCCUUCGAGGAGACAAAUCUCCAUCAAAUUGACACUGCCUGCUAUAAGACUAUGACCGGUCUGGUCGAUCGCUUCAACAAAGCCGUCGACAGCAUCGUUGCAUUGGAAAAAGGAACUUCACUGCCCGCCGAGCGCCUGAACAAGUUCGCUCACCCUAGCCUUCUAAGACACAUUUUGCAAUUAGUUUACAAUGCUGCCGUACUCGACCCGGAUAAACUCAACCAGUAUGAGCCCUUUUCGCCAGAGGUUUAUGGCGAGACGAGCUAUGAGCUGGUUCAGCAGAUGCUUAAGCACGUCACCGUCAGCAAAGAGGACACCUUCAUCGAUCUCGGUUCGGGAGUGGGCCAGGUGGUCCUCCAGAUGGCCGGAUCCUUUCCCCUGAAAACUUGCAUUGGCAUCGAGAAGGCGGACACUCCGGCGCGAUAUGCGGAACGCAUGGACGUGAUCUUCCGCCAGUAUAUGGGAUGGUUUGGCAAGCGCUUCUGCGAGUACAAGCUGAUCAAGGGUGAUUUUCUGGUCGAUGAACAUCGUGAGAAGAUCACCUCCUCGACGCUGGUGUUUGUUAAUAACUUCGCCUUUGGCCCAACGGUGGACCACCAGCUCAAGGAAAGAUUCGCGGAUCUGCGCGACGGAGCGCGGGUCGUGUCCUCCAAGUCGUUUUGUCCCCUGAACUUUCGGAUUACGGACAGAAACCUCAGCGACAUUGGCACUAUUAUGCACGUCAGCGAGAUUCCACCCCUCAAGGGGUCCGUUUCCUGGACCUGCAAACCCGUCUCGUAUUAUCUGCAUGUGAUCGAUCGCACCAUAUUGGAGCGAUACUUUCAGCGCCUGAAAACGAAAGGCGGCAACGAUCACGAGAGUGUCGGUACUGUGCGGACCACACGAGAUCGCGCCAAGCGUGAGGCGAACGUUGGCCAGAACCAUCACAACAACCAUCAUACAAACAGUAACAAUCACGCCAACAGCAACAACCAUCAACGGGAGCGGGAGCGGGAACGAGAACAGUCGAACGGAGUUUCCGCUACCACCGCCCAUCAGCAGCGGCAUCAGUCCCAGUCGCCAGCCAAUGUAAGCGGCGGGGCAAUAGCAGCUGCCAGUGGGCAACAAGCCGCCUCCAAAACACGCCAGCAACUGCAACAGCAGCAGCAUCAACAACAGCAGCAACGCAGCCUGGACAUGGAGAGCAGUACGGAGAGCGAUGGCGAGGCGACGAAUGGCAAUGGUGGCAACACCACCACGGCCACCAAUACCACCUCUGCCUCAAAUGGGCCGAUGACCAGGAAGGUUUGGUCCGACUGGUGCAGUUCCAAGGGCAAGAGUUCGCAGUCGGAUGACGAAGAGAACAAUAACUCCAACAGCAAUGGUGGUAGUAAUGGAACGGGAUUGGGAGGAGGAACAGUUGGUCGCCAGGCACGAGCAACCACGCAGAAAAAGCGUAAGAAGUUGACCAGAAAAGCUGCGAUCGCAAGUAAAUCAGCUGCAGCAGCCCAGAGGGAAGCGGAGGCUGCAGCAGCAGCGGCGGCGGCAGCGGUGGCCAGCAAGGAGUCUAGCUCCAAGGAGGAUCAACCAAGGGCAGCCAGUGCCGGACCUGGCCGUAAAGGCCGAAUGAAGAAGGGGGCACGUGGUAGAAAAUCCCUGAAGAUUGUUGGUCUAGAAGCUUUGCACAAACAAACGGUGUUAAGCACAUCCCUAGACACCAUGACCAAGAAGUUGCCAGCAGCUCCUGGGACCGUGGAUCAACAGCUAACAGCUCUGCUCACGGAAAACAUGGCACAUACGGAGUUGGAUAUUCCAGCUGCGCCCCAGGAUACGCCUUAUGCCCUGCAGAUUCUCCUGGAUGUCUUUCGAUCGCAGUACACGUCGAUGAUUGAGCACAUGAAGUCCAGUGCCUAUGUCCCGCAGGUUCAAAAGCAGAUUGCCCAAGAGCAGGAGCGCAUGGCCAGGCUGAAGAACAGAGCCAGUCAGCUGGAUAAGCAGAUAAAGGUGCUGAUCGAUGAUAGUGUUGCCUUGCUAAAGGUGCGAAUGAACGAGCUGGGAAUCCAUGUGAACUCUCCCAACGAUUUGAUCGCCCAGGCGAAGGAGAUUGUUGGCAGACAUAAGGAUCUUCAGCACACUGCAAGUAGAAUGCGGAACGAAGUCACCUUCUACGAAGGUGAGCAAAAGCUACUGCUCAACAAGCAGUUGAAGAAUCUGGCCGAGUACCAGAAACUCUGUGGCACAGUUAAUGGAAAGGUGAAGCUGGAGGUGGCACCGGAACUUUCGGAGACCACUGCCCAGGAGUUGGUGCUGAAGGAGAUUGCCAAUACACUAAGCCAACGCAAGAAACUUUACGCCCAGGUGUCCACCAUCGAGCAGGAGACUACGGUGCUGCAAAAGACAGCGGAGGAAAGGUCCACUGCCGCGACGCUUCUGGCGCAAGGGACAAAUCUGAUUGUGUCAACCGGGGCUUCAUCUACCUCCUCCGCCGCCAUCCCUACGAAUUCUCUGACCGCGCAAAACAAUAAAUUAAACAGCGUGAAGAACUCCCGCCGCAGUCGCGAGCAUCGUGCUCGUUCGCAGGAGUGGCCGGAGGUCCCAGAAGUGGGCAAGAUCCAGGAAAGCAAUCCCGAAGUGCUGGCACAGAAAAUCGUGGAGACCUGCCGCCAAAUUGAAGCUGGCAAGUUCCAAGGAGCAGCUGCGCCCUCUUUCCAAGUGAAUGGAAAGAAUAAAGCGAUUUUGGAUGCAGCUGGACCACUUCCGCCCACUGCUCCAGUUAGCAUUAAAUCCUCACCGGGCCACCACUUCAAGGAUAGCACUCUGAUGCCAGCACCCAAGCAACAACAGCAGCUUUCUCAGCUGCCCAAGUGCGAAUUACCUGGACUCUCGGCCAGUCGUAAGCAGGAGUCCCCCAAGGUUGCCAACUUUGAGGAUCGGUUGAAGAGCAUCAUCACCACAGCCUUGAAUGAGGAUCAGGAGCUGCGGAGCAAGGCAGUGGAUUCAUCACCAUCCCCCUCCCCCUUGCACAGUCCGGCGCCGAAGCGAUCGAAGCAGCAACAGCCUGCUGCAAUGAACCCAGCCCAGUCGCUGCCCAACAAUCUGCACAACAUCAUCACCGUGUCCACUCAGGGUUUGAUGCACCUGAACGCCAAUACCACUAUUUCGCCCAUAACACCUCCACUGCCGGGUCCAGGGGCAGGAGCCACCGCAUCGACGGCGCCGCCCCCGCCAGCAAAUCUUCCCUAUGGAGCAUACGGCGGGGCAGUGGGCAAGGCCACGGGAUCGGGCAAGUACCAAACAGCUAAAGAACCGAAGUAUUCGCCGGUUAGGCAGGCACCACCACCACCACCGCCUCCACCCUCCCACAUGGCUGCUUUGUAUGCAGCUGGACAGCAGACAACUCCGACGGAUCUGGGCUACCAGAGGCGACGCAGUUCCGUGAGCGCUAGUAGCUAUGAGCACUUUAUAGUCCAGCAGCAGCAGCAACUCCAGCAACAGCAGCUCAUGUUGGCAGCAGCUGCUCAUGCGGCACAGCGUCAGCAGAUGCGAGUGGAGGAGCAACAACAGCAUCAUCACCAGCAGCAACACCAUCAGCAACAUCGUAUGCAGCAGCAUGUGCAGCAUCAGCAUCCUCAUCCACAUCAUCCCAAUGAGUUUAAGGCACCGCCUGCUGAUAAUCAUCUCCAGCGUUCGAGCAGCCGUGAGCAAUUAAUUGUGGAGCCACAGCAGCAACCACUGGAGCUCCUGCCGCGUGCAAGUUCCGCCAACUCGGAUUACAGCGGCUAUCGCAUCCGUCCGCCAAGCAGGCCAAGCUCGAACUCAUCGCAACCGGAUUACACGCAGGUUUCACCAGCAAAGAUGGCCCUGCGUCGUCACCUGUCGCAGGAAAAGCUCAGUCAACAUGUGACACCGCAGGCCACGCCUCCGCUUUCAGGACAAGGAGGAGUUCCCACCUCGGGCAAAACCAUUGGCGAUUUGGUUAACGGGGAGAUUGAGCGAACUCUGGAGAUCUCCCAUCAGAGCAUCAUUAAUGCAGCUGUGAACAUGAGCACCAGUGGCGCCAACUUCAUGGAGCGGGCCUUCCUCAAUGAGCGAUCCAACGAUCGGCUGCUAAUCAACUUGAAUGCCCAGCGACCGGAGAGAGUGCAUGUGCGUCCGCUCUCGGAGGAGUCCCAGGAACCACAUCCCACCAGCUAUGCUCAGGAGAGAGGACCUAGUGUUGGUGCUGGCGGAGCAACAGCAGGGGGAAGCAGCAAUCUGGCCACUUUGGCACAUGUAGCCUAUGCCCAGAAGGCACAGGGCGGCGCUCGAGCCAAUGCAGGAACGGCACCGCCUACAACCCACUCCGCUUCUGUUCGUUCUGGCCGGGACUAUCAGCCGGUGGCCCUGCCCCGAGCGGAGCUGAAGGGCAGCAUCGAGGCCUAUUUCCACGAAGAGCAGAAGCAGUCUAAGAGCGCUGGAUCGGCGGGAGCAGCCUCUUUGCGGGGACCGCGUCUCAAUGGUGCCAAUCCUCCACUCGAAGGACUAGCUGCAUCGCUGCAGGAUCAUGUGCGCGCUAGGAAGUACAAGGAAGAGACCGAGGAGCGUCAACGCCGUGCAGCAGCCGCCGCCUCUUCGUCUUCAACGGGAGUUCCGCCUCCUGGCUUGGACCUGGCAACGCACUAUGCUCAUCAGGCGCCGCCGGCCCACAGCUACCAUCACCAUGGUGCCAACCUUAAUGGAACGCCGCACAAAGUCGAACUUGGCAUAAAACGAAGCUCUCCGCUGGCGCCGCACCAGCAACCGCCGCGACCGUCGAAACUGGCCCACUAUGAGCCGGCACCGGCUCAGCAGCACCACGCGCACAUGUAUGUCAACGGGCAAGUGCUACCGCCGCCUCCAGCUCACGACGCGACCACGCCCUCCCCCACUCCCUCGUCAUCAUCAUCGUCAUGCGGACGUCGCAGCAACAGCAACAGUGGCAAGUUGCUGGGGGAACCGCCACUACUAAUGAGUCCCGAGAUCAAUUCGCUGUUGGGCGAUGAACGACCUCUGCAGCUGUCGCACCACCCACAGCAGCAGCAAAUGCUGCACCAUCAUCAGUCGCAGCAACAGCAGCAGCAACACCUGCAAUUGGCCCAGCAGCAACUGAGAGUGCCGCAUCUGGGACAUGGUCUUGGUCACGGCCACGGGCACAGUCACAGCACCACGCCCACUUUAGGCGGACAGCGCAAUGCCAAUGCCGCCGACGAUGAUGAUGUAAUAGCCGCAGACGAUGAAUCCCACUGGCAGCAUCGCGUAAGCUCUGGUUUCGAUCGACUGGUGGCCUUCGCUAGCACUGAAUUGGAUAAAACCAGGCGAAGCAUUGAUGGCGAUACGGUUCCGGCUUCUAUCAGUUGCAACACGUCGCCGGAUUCGGGCAUUACGCACAGCAGCAGCAACUCGGAUGCGGUCCGCACGUUUUUGUCCACCUCGUCUAGCUCCUCGCAACUGGAACUGCCUAUCGGAAGCGGUGGUAGCAGCAGCAACAGCCUGUACAACCACCAUGGUCAGCUCAACAACAUCAGCGGCGGUGGCGGCAACAACCACCACCAGCAGCAGCAACAGUUGCAGGCGCAGCACCAGCAGCAGCAGCACCACCUGUCCGAUCACUUGAGCGAUAGUAGCAUAAAAUCCUCUGCAUCCUCCUCGCUCCAUGCUGGUAGUUCCCUGAAAACCGUGUCGCCAGUUGAUCCCAGUGCCAUUGAGUCGCCGCCGCUGUCGGACGUUGGAUUGCCAAGGACGCCAAGUCCCAGUGCAGCCAGUGUGGCCACGCCGCCUUUGGCUAGUGGACCCCCUCUGUCCGGCGAAUUGGGUGGAAUACCGCUAAAAUACCAACGCAAGUCGAAGAGUAGUUCGGAGAAGCAUUACAAAAAGAAGUUCUGCGAGAGGAACUGGGAAUAUGACUGCGACGAGCUGCUAGCCUAUUCGAACUCCAGUGCACCACCCACGGCAGCUGACGCGGCGGGCAAUGGGCCACCUAACCUGGACCCUCCGAAUAAUAACGGAGGAGUAGCUGCUCCUCUCCUGGGGAAAUCUGGGAAAUCGCCGAAGGAGAAAUCAUCACCGCACCACAGCGGCUAUAACCAUCAGCAGCACCAUCACAAAUCCUCCAAAUUCCGACCGAAGGGCAAGGACUGGGACUGGUCAAUGGACAGUCGUAGUCAAACGGGCGAGCUGCUGCCUCCCAAUAACAACAUGAAUAUAAACAACAACUCAACCGCCACAACGAGUAAUUAAUUUAGUAAACUAAUUUAGUUCAAUUUGCUGAAUGAAGCGGAGAGGAGAUAUCCAAAAAAGUUUGCAAUACCUUGCUGCUUUUUAGCCAGAUUAUUUUAAAUGGAUCGCAGUGGAUCCUGUGAAUUAUACUGUAUUUAAUGAAGAUUUUUGUAAUUUUAACUAAAUGAAUUGUGUAUGCAUAGCUAACUUAUUGUAUAGCCCAGCUCUCCAAUUGCCUUGUUUUAUUUGAUUAUUGCUAUCCACCACAACUCCUGUCACCAGUGUGUUUUUAUUUCAUUGAUAAUUAUAAUUAGACUAGAGACGUUUUUCGUAUUUGGUUAUAAGGUUGAACCCGAAUAAACCCAACUGCUAAUGAACAAUGUUACUGACUUCUUUGUACCGUUUACCAAUUAUUAUGAUUAUGUAUUUAAUUUGAAUUAUUGUUUAAUUACGUUUGCCCAUAAGUUGAGUGUUUUGUCUUUAUUAUUUUGAAAUAAAAUUGUAAACUAAUGUUAAAAAA